ACAAUUUUCUUACUGUGUACAUAUUUUUAUAUUUCAAAUAUUUAACGCGUAAAUCGAAGAUUGUAAAUUUAUUGUUAGAUAAAAAUAUGUUAAGAUUUCGUAAAUUAUUUCCAAAAAGUGCAUGUUCUGUUAUAGGAAUGAUACAUGUUGGUGCAUUACCUGGUACUCCUAAAUACAAUGGAAGUAUGAAAGAAAUAAUAAAAAAUACAUUGAGAGAGGCAAUGAUUUAUAAAGACUGUCAAGUGGAUGGUAUUAUUGUAGAAAAUAUGCACGACGUACCAUAUGUUAAAUCUAAAGAUAUAUCAUCAGAAACAACAGCGAUGAUGACAAAAGUUUGCGUUGAAAUUAGGAAAGUGAUACCUGAAAGCAUAGCUUGUGGUAUACAAAUUUUAGCAGGUUGUAAUAAAGAAGCAUUAGCUGUUGCCAAAGCAGCCGAUUUCAAUUUCAUUAGAAGCGAAGGUUAUAUCUUUUCACAUAUUGCAGAUGAAGGUUUUAUAGAUGGUUGUUCAGGAAAUCUUCUUCGUUAUAGAAAACAUAUUGACGCAGAGAAUAUACUCAUCUUUGCGGAUAUCAAAAAGAAACAUAGUUCACAUGCGAUAACAUCAGAUAUCAGUAUAGCAGAAACAGUCAAAGCUGCAGAAUUCUUUUUAGCCGAUGGUGUUAUAUUAACAGGCUCAGCAACAGGGGAUCCAGCAGAUCUACAAGAAUUGAACGAAGUUAAAAAGGUUGCUAAAGGACCGGUUCUUAUUGGAUCAGGAGUAUCUAUCGAAAACAUAGAUCACUAUAAAUCUUCAGACGCAGUAAUUGUUGGAACUAGUUUUAAAGUAGAUGGAAACUGGGAGAAUGCGGUUUCUAAAAACAAAGUCCAUGACUUUGUGACAAAAUUAAAAAAAAUACAACAGAACUGUUAACACAAAUCGUCUUCAUUUAUAUUAACUAAAACUCCUACCCUACAAUUUUAUACAAAUGAUAUUAACAUAACAAGAA